AUGUCACAAUCAAGAACUUUGACGGAUAUUCGCCCUGGUAAUGCUCAUCCUGCUGGCGGGCCUUCUGAUUCCUUGGGGCCCCAGAGUUGGGUGAACAAUACAACAACCACCAUCAUUCCAACUGUGGUAUCCUUGGCCACGGGUACCGAAUCGGAGGAGCACAUGAAUACGCAUCGGUAUGUAACCAGUCUACCAAAAACCGGUAACACAACUAGCAAAACUAUGGAUACCGUGACAAGGAUGCGUUUAAAUCCCACACCAAAUGGUGAGAUCACCGAAGUCAGCACCAAUGUAACGCUUUACAUGGAAAAGAUUCCACGUCUUCAGGUGCGUUGGCAGGACAAUUUACCCGAAGGAACUUCCUAUAAUGUCCUCGUCAGCGCCUUGAACAACACCCGAUGUCCGGAUGCUCCUUGCAGUGAGUACGGCAUUAAGGGCAAACCUUCUGCUCCCAACUUCGUUUACCUGCCCCUGAAUCACCUGAAUGUGGAGUCGGUGGACUGCAACUAUAUGUUUGGGUGCCAGUACAAGGUCACUGUGGAGACCUCAAAUGCGAUGGUUCGUCGCUCCGCCCGCGUCUUUGUUCCACAGUGCCUGGAGGGCAAGUGUUCUUGCCAAUUGGCUCCCACACCGCCGAGGGUCCUGGCCAUGGGAAAAAUGCUUAGUAAUGACACCAUUAGCAUCAGUGUCUCGAUACUGGCCAGUGAGCAGUUGCGAAAGGAGCAGGAUUCGCAUUUACACAACACACUGGGGACCUACAAAAUGCAGUUGAAAAUCAACGAGGAGACAAAUCCCUCGCCCUGGGGAGGAGUUUUGAAGCACCUGCUGACCCGUGUCUACAAAUUAAGCGAACUGGGCUUCAAGGCCACGCCGAAGGGCUUCGAGGGCAGCAUAAAACUUGGCCUGGGAACGCAGCUUAAGGAGAAGGCCUCCCUCAGUCUGCAGGCAGUGAUCAUUGAUCCUGCGGGCUGCGAGGGACCACGUAGUGUGGCCAAGGUGCCAGUGCCUGCGAAUCCCAUUCUGCUGACCGAGGGAGACAGUGUGAGCAACUCCAUUAUGGUUAUGAGUGGCAUGCUAAUAGCCAUCAUUUUGGCUGGCCUAAUUAUGCUUCUCCUGCGAUGGCGGAAAGUAAGGACGAAUGCCAAGUUACCGCAGGAGCAGAUAUACAUACAGACUUUUGCAUCCUCUGCCAUUGAGAUGGAAGAUAAUGUUAACUAUGUGGACAAAUACGUCGAGAAGUCCCAGCUUCUGGGUCUCGCAGAUAUAUUUGAGGUUCCCCACUCGGCCAUCCAAAUAGGACGCAUCCUGGGCGAGGGUGCAUUUGGACGCGUCCACGAGGCAACGGCCAUUAAUUUGCGCCGGAUGAGGGGCACCACCAUUGUGGCUGUGAAACAGCUGAAGCCCAAUCCUAAGGCGGAUGAGGUGGCCGAGUUCCUGUCAGAGAUUGAGAUGCUCAAAGGUGUGGGCACCCACCACAAUGUGGUGUGCUUGGGCUGCUGCACCAUCAAGCCACCAUACCUGAUGAUAAUGGAGUAUGUGGGUCAAGGCAACUUGCAAACUUAUCUGCGCUCGUUGCGCAAGGAGGCCGGCAAGUUAAAACUGCGAAAUGCCAACUACACCAGCUGCAGACCCAUCUCGGCCAAUAGCACGUCAUCCCCAAAGGCACCCAGCGUGAAUUACAUCGAAUUGAAGGCUUCCAGUCAGGCCAUUGAUGUGCAAUCCACGGAUGACUUAAAUUCCAUUGCCAUGAAUGGCUUUGGACCGCCCCAGGCAUCCCGACGAGAAGCCACCUAUAGCAUUGUGGAGGAGGAGGUGUCGUUCGAGCAUGUCUUGGAUAAUAAAGAGUUGCAUAACUUUGCCCUGCAAAUAGCUAAUGGAAUGCGAUUCUUGGAAGAGCAGGAGAUAACGCAUCGUGACCUCGCUGCUCGAAACGUACUGAUUGACAGUGAUAAAACCUUGAAAAUAUCAGAUUUUGGUCUUUCAAGGCAUGGAAUAUAUACGAAUACAAAGACGCGAAAGCUCCCACUUCGCUGGCUAUCCAUAGAGGCCAUUCGUGACAAUGUCUACUCGAGCAAGAGUGACAUUUGGGCAUAUGGAGUGGUCCUGUGGGAGAUUGGCACCCUGGGCGCCUCACCAUAUCCCACGAUUAGCAACAGCGAGCUGAUACCCUUCCUGCUGGCGGGUAACCGACUGGAGAGGCCAGAGAUCUGUACGCCACAGGUUUACACCAUUAUGCUGCAGUGCUGGCUGGAGGAUCCCGAGGAACGGCCCACUUUUGAUGCCCUGUACAAGGUGCUGCGCCCAAAGACCGCCUACGUUGAUAUCAACAGUCUCAGUGAUGACUGUUUUCCGCCUAUCAACGAGAAUAGGGAAUAGAAAGCACCAUUAGCUAAUAU